CUAUCGACCAGAGCAACAAUAAAUUCCCGCCAAUUUUCGAGCAUAUUGCAUUUUUUUUUGCGGGAAACUAUACAUUUUUGAGAUAUGGUUGCAACGCCAAAAAAACAUGAUCCCGAACAGGAGGCCGACCUGUCGCCGGUUGAUAAAAAGGAGCCACCAAUUGAGCAGCAAGCGCCUGUCAAUCGCGAUGAGAUGCAGUACCUGGAUCUUCUGAGGCAGAUCAUCGCCAAUGGGGAGCAGCGGAUGGACCGCACGCAGGUGGGCACGCUGUCCUUGUUCGGCAGUCAAAUGCGCUUCGACAUGCGGCAGUCCUUUCCACUGCUGACCACCAAGCGGGUCUUCUUCCGCGCGGUGGCCGAGGAGCUGCUGUGGUUCGUGGCGGGCAAGACGGACGCCAAGUUGCUGCAGGCGAAGAACGUGCACAUCUGGGACGGGAACAGCACCAGAGAGUUCCUGGACAAGCUGGGUUUCACGGACCGCGAAGUUGGCGAUCUGGGCCCGGUGUACGGCUUUCAGUGGCGGCAUUUCGGGGCGGAGUACGCCACCUGCGACGACGACUACAGCGGCAAGGGAAUCGACCAGCUGCGCCAGGUGAUCGACACCAUCAAGAAUAACCCCUCAGAUCGGCGCAUCAUCAUGUCGGCUUGGAAUCCGCUGGACAUCCCGAAGAUGGCCCUGCCUCCGUGUCACUGCCUGGCGCAGUUUUACGUCUCCCAGACGCGCGGUGAGCUGUCGUGCCAGCUCUACCAGAGGAGCGCCGAUAUGGGCCUGGGCGUGCCCUUCAACAUCGCCUCCUACGCCCUGCUCACCCACAUGAUCGCCCAUGUGACGGGUCUGAAGCCGGGCGACUUUGUCCACACCAUGGGCGACACGCACGUCUACCUGAACCAUGUCGAGCCGCUGAAGGAGCAGCUGCAGCGCACACCGCGACCUUUUCCCAAGCUGAUCAUUAAGCGUCAGGUGCAGGACAUCGAGGAUUUCCGCUUCGAGGACUUUGAGAUAGUCGACUACAAUCCAUAUCCCAAGAUCAAAAUGGACAUGGCCGUGUAGACGUCCUUGAAAGUAAAAGUUAUGCCUUAGUUGAGUAGCAGCUUUUCAGGUUAACGUAGGAAAAGAAGAUGCUAAAUUCAAAAAAAAUUCCUUACCAUAUACAUAUAUAUAAAUUAUUAUUAUCGAAUACAACAAAUAUCAAAUAUUUUUUAAACACAUCAUUUCAUAGCUUUAUUUGAAUAAAUUUUUGCUUUCAUUCAUCGUGUGUAGUGUGUGUUUGUUGUUUGUAAAUUCUCAGAGUAAUCCAUAAUGAAGUAUAAUUGAUUCUUAAUAAAUCUUGCACAGAGUAUACCAUAAAUAUGCUAUAUAAAUUUGCUUGACAUUUUCCGCACUUAAUAUUGUGAUUUUGUUUUGUUUCGGUAUCUUGGUUUUUGUCGUUUAAGUAAUACAAUGCGAAUUCGAAGAAAAACGUUAAGGUUUUGUGUCCAUAUGAGAGAACUCGACAGUAAUUCAAUAUACAAUUUAUGCACUUUAAUUAAAUUGGAAUAAUUGUUUUCGGUUUUGUUCGGUGAUGAUUAAAGGUAAAUAUAUAUUAGCUACUACAAUACGAUACUGUCCACCAAUAUUUCGACUAUGUUUUAUAACGACGAGAAAAAAGGUUGCAUAGUUCCUCAUACAUAUGUAAUAUGUGGCAUAAAUGUAUUAUGCAAGCUAACCGAUAGACAAAUAUAAAUAAGUUUGAAUUAUUAUAAUCUGUUAUGUGGAAUUCAUAUGUUCAUUAACUUAUGUUGAGCUUGAAAGAGCGAAUGCCACUAGAGUUUCUGAGUUCAGUUAAGAUUCAAUAUUUUUGUUUCCGUUUUGGCUAAAGUGAUUCCUUCAUCCGUUGCCUUUUGACUUGCGUUUAACAAUAGUGCUUAAAAUUAGUACCUUUGACUAAGUUCGUUUCGACUAAGAUUUGGUUUUAAUUAAUUUAUAAUAUAUCUUAAGUGUUUCCAUUUCUUGCUUGAACAUUUAAACAUAUAUAAAGAGCGUAUUUCCAUCCGCAACUUACUGAUGUCUUGCACUACAAAAUGUUAUUCGAUUCCUUGUAAUAUGAUUGAUAGCCGGUUCUUCUUAGAGGAUGCUACAGCCGAAACAAAGAUCUGGGCCGGGAUAGACAGUUUGUUCGUACAGUUCAAAAUCAGGCAAAAAUGUGAGGGGAGGAGGCUCAGGAGAUUUCCUGCCCCGAUUCAACCGUGUUCAACCGAUCUGGGGGCGCCAGUUCUUUGUAUGUGUGUAGCUACGCCUAAAAGCCAUCAAUUACACUUCUCAGAUAGAUCGCAACUGCUAGACUUUCUUUAUCGUUUCGUUUUCACACGAGUGGAUCGUCGUACUUCUGGGUUUCCUUGCUAUUCAACAUUCAUUUAUGUGAGACUAGUGGGUAAGGAUAAGAGAGUGUGUCUGUGUGGGGUGUGUGUGUGAUCUGUGUGAGAGAAACAGACAUUUCAAGCUGAGUGUAAACGAUGCAGCGGUUGCAGGGUUGCACGAUUGCAUCGCUGCAUCGUUUACAAGCCGCCUGAAGAGGGCGCUCUGCAGACUUCCGUUUCCGGUGGCGUCUGCAGGCAUUUGCACAACCUUAUUGGCUUCAGAACGCGAAGGUGCCUCGAGAAAUCGAUCGCCAUUUAUACAUACGUCUUUGGUUUUUGCUUUUGCUUUUGUUUCGUUUCUUUUGUUUUGGUGUAAAAGUAUAAAAGUGUGCCGUAAUUAAGCCUUUCACUUGGUAGUUAAAAUUUGUGGUAACUUGUCGAUUUUUGUGUCUUCGAUUUCGUUCCGUUGCUUGAGAUCCCUCCUCAAUACUCAUCCUAUGUUUUUUCAAGAUAUGCUCUUUGUUUUCGUCUUCUUUAAAUGUUAACAUUAUUGCGAUUUCCAUGUAAAAAUUAUAAAUUUGCUGGUUUCAUAGUUUUCUCGAUUCGUUAGUCUUUUCUGCAUUUAGUUAAACAUUAUUUUCUGGUAUUUGUUAUUAUUUACGUAUGUUUCUCAUCUCUUUCCACGUGCCAUUCCCUUUCCACGAUUUCGUUUUGUUUUGUAUAUUAUUGUGCGGUGUUUUUGUUCGUUACCCAGUAAGUAUUUAAUAUGUAUAUAUAAUUUAAUAUUUUGUAUAUAGUACUCAUGUAUAUAUUUAAAUUUUUAAAAUACUUUCUUGGUUUUCCUCCAUUUGUAUUUAUCAUUUAUAAAACAUUUCAUCUUAAAAAAUGUAUAUAAUCGAUUGCUUUUUGUUGUUGUUCAUGCUUUUCAUUCAUCUCACUUAACCGCGUAUGCCUGGAUAUCAUGUCGAAGCAUGUCUAUCCACGUCUAUUCAUGCAUGUCUGCUUCACCCCGUGCCACACGUGCAUGCACCAAAAAUUGUGCCUCAAUUUUUUACAUCUUGUAUAAAAAACGUUUCAUUUGGUGUUCUCCUUAUAGCUUUUACGUUAUGUUGAGUUUCCUUGAACUUGCAUUGAGACUUGCUGGAAGGUUUUUAUGCCUAAUUUACCUUACGCUUAAAAGCCAGAAUUUCUAAUUUAAUUUCAGUCAAGCUUUUGCGCAUGAGUGUGAGUAAUGUGGGGUUCUUAUCUUUUCUUGCAUUUUCUAGUAGAUUUAGAGGAGUAGGGGAGAAAAAGCCGUUGAGCUCUACAAAUAUUGGAGGCUUGGCGUUCCGGUUUCUCUAUGCACUACACACAUACAUACCUAAUAAUCGCAAUAUAUAUAUACUUGAAUAUAUAAUUUGUUCAUGGUAAUUAGUUUUAAGUAGUAUGCAAUAAAUUUACUUGACGUAUACAUGAAAAUGGAUUUCCGUUAUUCGCAUGCCAUGAAUUAGUAUUCGUAAUAAUUUUCGCGGUAUGUAUGUAUGUAUAAACAUUUAAAAUUUGCAAUACACAACAUCAAUAUAUUGUUAAUCAUAUGUAAUAGUUUUCAUAAAUAGUUAUAGAUUUUAUAGAGAGAUAUAGCAUAGUAAAUGUUGAGUAACAUCUCGAUUUUUCCAUUUUGGGCUCACGGCACUUUAAAGGAAAGGGUCAACUUGAAAAAAGGGAACAUAAAAUUGCAUAUAAUAAAUACUAUUUAUUCUUUGCAUUUAACAUCUCCUACAAGGAAUUUUUGUGAAGCACCAUCAUAUGUAUGUAUGUAUAUCGUUUCAUAACUUGUCAUUGCCAGGCUUUUGAAAAACUUGCACCAUUCCGUCAGCGUUCUCAUUCCAUGUCCAUUUUUGUUUAUUAAAAUUUGCUAUAUUUAGUUUGGCAAUUUGUUUAAUUUGUUCGUUACUUUGUUUUUUUGUUAUUGCUGUUGAGUUGGGCUUAAACAAAUUCGUUAGGCUGAAACGCGUUUUGUCAUCUAAGUUUCAAUACAUCAUUUCAUCAUUUCACUUUCUCACUUGCUUGUCUAGGGAGGGACUUUGUUCUGAUCUUUGUCUUUAGUUACAUUAACUUCGAUUGGAGUGGCGUGCUUAGCUUACUUAGCUGGCUUUUGUUUAAGCUUUACAAUCGCUGGUUACUAUUUUGUUUUUAGAAUUCUCUCUCUGACUCGACAGGUGUUACAUUUCCACGUGGUUUCAAAUUUUCUUAAAUAUUUAUUCGUUGUAUUUGAAGAAAUUCUCAUGGGCUGUUUCCUCUCGGCUUUUUGUCACUCAUGCUAAUGUCCCUGUUACGAUUUUAGAGAGUCUAUAUUUAAGUGUAAUACCGAAGGAUAGGUAAUGGUUAACAUAUGAAAGUUGCUAGGCGAUUGAACAAAUGGUAAUCGAGAAUAAAAGGUUAAUUGUAAUAUUAUGCAUACACCAUUUAUUUUUAGCAAAAGUUUUACAUUAAAUUUAUAAAACAUAAACACGCGUAUGUCUUAUUUGUUUUGCUCCGUUUGGUUUUCUUUCGCAUCUAGCUUCCUUCUCAUUCUGCAUUGUCUAUUUGCAAGUGGUUUGACUAUAAGCCAAACGCCUCUAUCUGUUUACUCAUUCAGUUCUGUUUUCGUAUCUCUUUUUAUACAUUUAUUUUUAGCUUAAAUAUUUGUCAAGUUUGUUUUCAUUCUUUGGUGGAUUGGGGCUUCAAUGCCUGCAAGUUGUAUUUUUACUCUUGUUUAAAAAUAUCCGUAGAGUAUGCGUAUUACACCUCAAACAAAAACUUAACUAAAGCAUUAUCUCUUCUGUUUGCCCUUCUCCUCAUGGAAGCUUUUCUCUUUGGGAGAGUCGACUAGACGGUUUAAAAGUGCAUUAACGAAAGAUGUAAGUUCUACAAAUUGAAUCUAAUCUUAAAAAUAUAAUGGGGGCAUAAACAAAAAACGAUUUCAAAACUUAAUCAACGUAAGAAAUUAUGGUUACAUUAUUUCACUGAAAAAACAAA